AUGUCAAUCACGUCGCGCAGCCAGAGCUCCUCUCCCGAUAUCCUGGGCCCGCCAGGCGAUGUCGACUACCUCAUUUCGUCCCCUAUAAAACCGUUCGCUGGCCGGCAAAGCUGGCUAUCUCCUGCCACUGUGAAGCGCCAACAGACUCCGGCGAAGCGCCCGCGCGUGAGCCUCAGUCCCGGGAAGAGCGCGCACUCGAUCCGCUUCGACGAUAUCCUGCUCCCCGGCUCGCCGACGAUGAAACUUAAUGGCCGUCAAAGGUCGCUCUCGCCAGAGAAGGUCCAGCAAGAGGGCAACGUUAGCCCAUGGCGCAUCCGAGUAACGCUUGAGGCGACGCAAGAUGAGGAAAACCAAGUCAGCCCCUCGCGCAAGCGGCGACGACCCUCGACUAUCACAACAAAGAUUCCAUUAAAAGAUGAAAGAAGUCCGUUGAUGGAAAAGACGCCUGCGAAAAGACGUGGUCGCCCCAGAAAAUCGGACACACAAGCACAAAAUGGAUCGCCUUGGCCUGGCAGUCCCGGCAACACGCCAGGGCAGAUGGGUACUACUCCAGCGAAAAGGGGACGCGGGCGACCGCGAAAAGGAACCCCGAAGCCGAAUACGCAGGAGAUUUCUGUGGUUGAGGAUGAGCCAACGCCUGUGGCGGAGGAGCCUAUGUCACAUUUUAGUCCGAUGGACCUCACUGCCGACGUUGGCGUAGGUCAGGGUCGUCAAUGGAGCCCGAUCAACCUUGCCAUAGAUGAAGGAGGGUUAGACAGCGACUCUCUUGGCGCAGACGAUUUGCCGGUCGCGAAUCUCCGUGCGCCAACGCCAGCACGCCCAGAGACUUGGGAGACCAACACGACUCAUGAAUAUGGCAGAACAAGCUACGAUACACCCGUUAUUGGAGCCACCGAGCAUCAUUUCCAAGACAAUGACGAGAACAUACAUUCCACACCUUCCAAAAUGCCGUCGCCCACUCGAGAAAGACUAGGAUCGUCUGCCCGAUCGUCCCGGGAUAGUGGCAGCGCCAGAUCGCAGCGUACUUACCCCUACUCCUACCCCGACUUCUUCGUUGGCCGAGGAAGAAAACCAGACAAGGGAAGCACAUUCACGUCGCUUCCGGACGACAGAUGGUCAGGACCCACUGAUUGA